GGGAAACAAGUGCAUCAGCCAGUCCUGGGAUAUUCCCCCUGAAUGGAGCUGCCUGGUCCUUAUAAAAGGAGUCUCCAUCACAGCGCUGUCAUUGUCGUGACGGUCAUAGGUCUUCUCUGGGGCCUCAGAUUCCUUGAGACCCAGGAAGGAUGUCUCACCAUCCGCAUCCGCAUCCGCAUCCGCAUCCCACAUCCACACCAGCAUCCGCAUCAGCAUCACCAUCAGUGCAAGGAGCCCUGCCAUCCACCUCCAAAAGUGUGCCCACCGAAGUGCCAUGAGCCUUGCCCACCCCAUCCAUGCCCACCUCCAGUGAGCCAGCAGAAAUGCCCUCCUGGGCCACCAUGCCCACCAUGGGAGCAGAAGUGUCCACCCAAGUGGAAGUAACAGCACCAUGUUCCAGGCUCUUCCAUUGUCCUUCUUUCGGCCAUGGUGAUGGAUUGCGUCUUCCUUAAUCUCCCUCCUGGACUGCCAGCUGACAGAGAAAAGCCUUGGUUCCUGAAUCUGACACCACAUUUGUGGAAGAGCAGUAGGAUCAUUGCUUGAUCUCUCUUUGCCAUCUGUGUGUCUGUAUCCAUGUUGCGAUCUCUCCUCCAUGAGCAAAUAGUGUGUUUAUUCCUUUGCUUCUCCAAUAAAGCAUAUUCAUAGCCA